AUGAGUCAAAGGCUCAAUGUCUGCGAACCCGUCUUGUCAGAUUCGGUGUCCUCCCUUAACCGAGACAAGAAUGCCUCACGAAAGGCAGAGCUCUCCGAAGAGUAUUUCACUGGCAGUCAGCAGAGCUUGCUCUCAGGCACGAGAGACUUCUGGAAUUGCGAUUACUUCGAGAGCGUCGUUGUGAUGCACACAUUUCUGCACCAGAAACAAGCAAAGGCUGACUUGCUCUUGUUUGACGCUUUGAAUUUGGCUUUGCCAUCUCGGUCGAGCUUCGUUGCACUCGAUGGGCUUCAGUUGCGCUUCGCUGUCAUCUCCUCUUGGCCGGUGCUCCCUUCCGAGCUCUUCGCCUUCACACAGUCUUCGGACCAGCAGGCUACAGCCGGAGAUGCAGGGAGGCAGCUGCGGGAGUCUCUCGGUCUGAGUUCGCUGCAGCUGCUAGAGGCGCCGGGGGACCCAGAGAUGGCGUUUACUGACUUCGUUGGCCCGGUCGAGGACUAUGCAAGCAAGCUUCAGCAGCUGCCAGAACUGGGCAGGCAAGCUGCUGCUUUUGCACUGCAAGUGGACGAGUGGAUUCAAGCUGACAAUGCCAGCAUGGCUGGGACCUCAAGUGCAGCUGUAAAGGAUGAAUGGAUGGGUGGCGAGCUCAACUUUGUUGUCCGAACGCUACUGGAGGCUGCAGAGGGCAUGCAGGACGACUUCCGAUUCAUUUGGGAUGCACGCGAGGAGGAGGUCGAGGACAGAUUGAUGACUGUAGCUGCGAUUCCAACUGGCAAGAUCAUUCCCUCGGUGCUUGGGGACGGUGUCGGGAUCAGCUUCGCAAGUCUUGCGAGCUUUGAAAUCGAUCUCAAUCAUAUGGUCUUCAUGCUGCUCAUCAGGAGCUGGUAUGCCAUGUAUGCUUUCAACAUCUGUCAUGCAGGGACAUUUCUAUUUGGUCACCGCCGCCACCAAUUCCAAGAGCACUUCCGCGACGACGAGGAAGUACGGACAACAGACGACGUCGACGACAACGCCGGCGACGACGACGACGACGGGGAGGAGGAGGAGGAGGAGGAGGAGGAGGACGACGACGACCAGGACGACGACCACGCCAGCUGCAACCAGCUACAGAGUGUUGUGGUGGUCGUCGUCUUCCAAUUGAUUCAGGCACCAAAAGUCCUGCCGUCUUUGAUCACAACAAUGAAAAUCAGCAGGUCCUGCCAGCAAGCCAGGUUCCAGUAUGCGGAAUCGGCUCGAAUGCCGCUGAGCGCGCGGCAGAACAAGUCCGACAGCCUGGCGGUCUCCUCUGGCAGUCAGUUCUGUCGGCCGCCCGGGCAGCUGGUGCGUAGUGCCAGCGAAGAUGCCGACCCGCGGCGCCAGGCUGUGAUGUUCCGCGGCAAGGGUGUUAUCAUUGCUUCCGAGGACCGCAAUGGCGAUGGACGUCGACGAAGUGAGCGAAACUUUUCCGACCUCUUUGGACAGAGCAGUGGGAGGCCUUUGCCCUUGUCCACAGCUGGUCGAAGCGAGUUCCACUCGACUGCCGCCGCUUCAUGGAUGGACUCGACCACGGAGACCUCUGCCAGGAACCAUGAGCGCAGAGCAGGCUUAGCCGAGUCCGGGUCCUUGGUUUUCGAUCCUUCGGCCCAGUCCAUGGAGAAGAUCUUGCCGCUGUCGCCGCGAGGCGCAGCGCCAAGGCGAUCGCCCGACUGGUUCGAGGAGCGAACUUGCUGGGACUUCUCUCCACAAGACGCGAUGCACAUCGGAGUCGAACUCGCCCGGCGAAGCCGCGAGGGUCCGGCUCGGCGAGUGCAGUCCCUGGAUGCAGGCCGUCCCGGACGGGGCAACAUAGCGCCUGCUGAGCGAAAGCAGGCGAACCUGGCCUCGCGACUCACUGGUGCUAGCCAGCCCACUGCCGCCGACUCACCGUCGAUGGUCCGAAGUGGCGAUCUGUCUCCAGCCGCCCGGUCUGCGCUUUCCCUCCUUACUCCGAACUCCGCGCGGGAGCGAAAGUUCAAGGAGCUUCACAGCUCAGCCAAGCUGAUCUGA